AGAAGCCACGCUUUGCUGAAGCCAUUUCACACUGCAGACACACACAGCUCCACUAGUCCUCCUUUAUUCCUCCUCUUCUCCUCCUGCUGCUGCCAUGGCCAAGCGCAAGUCCAAGAAGCCUCAAGAAGAAGACACCUCCAUCUUGUUGGAGUCAUCUGUGUCACAGACCAAAAGAAGGAUAAACUCAUACAACUCUCCAGCCUUGUUGCUCAUUAUUAUCUUCACAGUCGGGGCCUCCACAAUGGGCUGGUUUUGUGUACAACAACAGCAGAGUCUCGACCAACUGUCAGAGUCUUUCACAACAAUGCAGAAGAGAAUCACAAGCCUGCAGCAGGUGACUGACAUGAAGGAGGAACAGACUGAUGGAGGUUUUGGUGUGGAGGACAGGAUCUUUGCCCUGGAGGAGGCCCAGAAACAGGCUCAGGAGAAGGCUGAGGUUGCCCUGGCAACGUCGGAAAAGCUGAAGAACUCCGGCCACUACGAGCAGCUUUGGGCCCUCCACGAUGAGAUGGACACCCGACUGACUGAGAUAAAGCAGGUCGCCCUGUCCGUCACAACUCUCCAGGCCAUGUUUAAGAACCAGAGUGAGGAGUUUGAGGCCGUGAAGGAGAGCGUGGUGGCCGGUUUGAGCUCCGGCUUUGCACUGGCUGAAACUGUGGCUAGGCUGUCCAAUGCUGUGGCCAGCGCAUGCUCCAGAGUUGAUGAGAAGGUUGCAUCGGUGGAGGCUCUUGAUGCACGGUUAGAGGGGCAAGCGUCAGACCUGAAGGAGCUGAAAGAGUCAAUGUACCUUUAUAAUGUUGCACUUCAUGCAAACAACCAGGAGAUGGCUGUAGUAAAGCAGCUCGUCGAGGAUAAGCAGGCCAUGCGUGCCCAGGCGUUAGAGGAGAUGCUCAGUUCGGUGCAGACGACUCUGGAUGAGCAGUUUUUCACUUCACAGACUCUCCGCAGCAGCGUCAUGGCUCAGCUGCAGACUCUUCACACCCGGUUGGCGAAUGCUCCUUCAAUGAAGCUUAAUUCAGAUGAGGAGGGUUCAGCUGCAGAAGAGUUCAUCUCCACUACGACACUGAAUGCCACUGAGGUGCAGGAGAAGCUAGAAGAUGCUGAGGAAAAGGAUGAGCAGCAGGAUGCUGAAGAUGAGGCAGAAGAGGAAGCAGAGGAGGAAAUGCAGGAAGAACAGUCACUGGAGCAGGAAGCAGAGGGAGGCGUUAUAGAGGAGCAAGAGGACGAGGAAAUUACAGAAGAAGAAGAAGAGACUACACCAGAAGAGCAAGAAGACGAGGAAAUUGCAGAAGAGGAAGACGAGACUACACCAGAAGAGCUAGAAGACGACAAAAUGACUGAGAAGGAAGAAGAGACUACAACAGAAGAGCAAGAAGAUGAGGAAAUUACAGAAGAGGAAGACGAGACUACACCAGAAGAGCUAGAAGACAAGGAAAUAACAGAACAGAGUGAGGAGCAGGACGUUGCUGCAGAAGUGGAGGUCGCAGAAGAGACUGUAGACGGUCAUGUUUUGGAUGAGUCCAAGAAGAAGAGGAGGCAUUCAAAAAAGUUGCGGAAAGCUGGGAGGCUGGAGAGGAAGAGUCAGCUGAAUUAAAUAGCGAGGUCUACAUGGACGAAAGUGAGGAGGACUGAUAGUUGUACUUGAAAUGCUCCAGUAAAUUAUUAGUUCAUGAUUUUUAAGUCUUAUUGAGAUGAAUGGGAACCAUUUUUACAAACAGCACACUUUCUUGCAAAUGAUUUGCAGUGUUUGUUUUAUUCUACUUGAUGGUGGUGGUUAUCUGACAUAUAGAUUGUGUCAAGCGUCCGUUACUGAAAACAAAGAAUUUUGUUGAACUUUGAUAAAUACCUAUGUAGUCUAACUUCAGUAAUAUGUUUAGGGUUUUUACUUCUUUCCAACACACAAAUGGUCUUGUUAAAAAUUACUUAAAUUUUGUAAAUUUAAGUCUUGACGACAAGUAUUGAUAUGUGAUCACUGAUCACCAUGAAACAUGGGAAGAAUUGAAAGAAAAAAUGAAAGUCACAUAAAGUACCUACAAUACCUGUGAAAGCAGCAGGUUACUGGGAGUGAAGUGUUGAUGGAAAUUACAUGAUUUAUGUAAAUUAAUUUCAACACACUUACUAUCAGAUUCAGUUAUAGAAUCUGAUAGUAUAUUUUAUGAACUUAUCUGCUGUCCUUCACCGACCUCUGUUUGUCAGUUUUACUGAUCUGUGAUUGACAUAACAUUUUGGAUGUUUGUCUGGAUGUCGUCUGUGUGUGUUUGUGGGGUAAGCUGUGAAUUGAAUUGCCCUUCUCGGGAUCAAUAAAGUUGUCUGCAUCUGAAUCUGAAUCUGAAUCUGAAACUUACUAUCACUCUGUUGUAGAAUUGGCAUGCGACACAAAGCAUAUUUAAAUAAAAAAAUCCAUUCAUUCACACAUGACAAGUUUAUCUCAAGAGUAUGAGAAUACAAAAUGUCAAUUGUUUUUUGCAAUAUGAAAGAGAACAUGAAUGUGACUGUACUUAUUGCUUGUAAUUUAACACUCUCUCUCUCUCUCUCUCUCUCUCUCUCUCUGUGAAGUUAUUUAUGGGACAAGCGCACAUGCUGUACAUUGGUACAUACUGUUCUAGUGUCAUGAACCCCUUUUGUGGAAAGGUUAAAGUCCUAUUUUUUACCAGCAGGUGGUGCCUGAUACUGUAACCACCAUAGUGAUGAAGUGUAAUCAACAACUGUGAAAGAGGAACCGAAAAAAAAUUUUUUUUUUUUGGAGGUGAUAUGCAUGAUUUUUAUCUUGGUUGUAAGAUUACUAAAAAAGGGAAAUUCUACUUACUGUACAACUAGCUACAUCUGGCUUCAUAUUUUAGUCUUGUCAUGCUUUGUAGACUUGUUACCCUUCAGUGACUUCCUGUCUAAACUGACACUGAUUGAGAAGCAGCAGCAACCCCAUGUCGUAUUUGAAAUGACUGACUCUUGGGUUGCCAUGAGGUUGCAUUUUAAAGACAAUGUGAAUAAACACUCAAGUGUGGCAACUGCCCAGAGUACA